UAAAAACAGCAUGCUAUUCGUCCUGUCACUGUCAACAUAACAAGUUUCAACUGUCAAAGCGUUGUUUCAAAGUUGGUUUGUUUUGUUUAUUUGGAUUAAUAUGGAUUUAUAAAGUUAAUUAAAAUGAGAGAUCCUAAACAGACACAAACUCCGAUAGAGGAUUUAGCAGAACUGCGAAGUUAUUUUGCUUCACAUAAUGUCGUUAGAGAAUAUAUAGCGCAUACAUCAAAAGUUCAUUCCGUUGGUUGGUCGUGUGAUGGAAGAAGACUUGCCUCCGGGUCCUUUGAUAAAAGCGUAGCUAUAUUUAAUUUGGAAAAAAGCAAAUUGGUCCAGGAUUUUGUAUUCAAAGGUCACACAGGGUCUGUAGACCAGUUGUGUUGGCACGCCUCGCAUGCGGACCUCCUCAGCACAGCCAGUGGUGACAAAUCUGUUAGGAUAUGGGAUACCAGAUCACACAAAUGUGCGGCCAGUAUAUCAACAAAGGGUGAGAAUAUAAACAUAGCGUGGUCUCCCAAUGGUAGUACUAUAGCAGUUGGCAACAAGGAAGAUCUUGUCUCAUUUAUAGAUACACGAACUUACAAGGUGGUGACCGAGGAGCAGUUUAACUUUGAAGUAAACGAAAUCUCUUGGAACAAUGACUCUGAUCUCUUCUAUCUCACCAAUGGACUGGGCUGUGUACAUAUUAUGACGUAUCCUGGUCUCCACCUCCAGACAGUGUUAAAGGCUCAUCCAGGCACUUGUAUAUGUAUUGAGCAUGACCCUACAGGCCGGUACUUCGCUACAGGCUCCGCUGAUGCCCUUGUGUCACUCUGGCAUGUACAGGAAUUGGCCUGUCUGAGAGUCUUCUCUAGGUUAGAAUGGCCGGUGCGCACAUUGUCAUUCAGUUUUGAUGGUCGUCUACUGGCCUCCGCUAGUGAGGACCAUGUUAUUGACAUUGGAGACACGGAGACAGGUGAGAAGGUAGCAGAGAUCCCAGUUCAGGCAGCCACAUUCACAGUGGCAUGGCAUCCAAGCCGCUAUCUGGUGGCCUUUGCAUGUGAAGACAAGGAGCCACCGGAGCGCAAGCGAGACGCUGGCAAUCUCAAGUUAUGGGGACUGCCUAAUAACUAGAUAUAGUUAUAUGCAAACUUUAUGCUGGCUUGCUAUAUCACACAAGAUGUAUAGAAGACCGGGAUAGUGUGUGUUCACAAUUGGAAGAAAUUAAGCGGCAAUAGGUUUUGAAAUAAAUGAAAAUGUGAAUUGUGUAUACAAGAAAUUGUGUCAAUAUUUAGAAAAAUGUGAAAUUAGUCAAACAAUGCUUGGCCCGGUGACGGACAAAUUUAAAACCUACUUAAGCACAAAAAUGUCAUCAAAAAUACUAAGACACAAAUAUAGUACAACAAGGAUCUUGACAAUUUGACUUUGACAGACCGACAAAGGUUAGCUGUCAAACUUUGGACUUAAACGGAUGGUCAUUAUUGUAAAAAGUCAGUUUCAUAAAAUUUUGACAAUUCAACUAAUACACUACUGGAAAGUUUAGGCUAAAACUGACUUACUUUUUAAUAUCCUGACUAAAUUCGAUCUUAUAAGCUUGUCUUCACAUGAAAUUGGUCCUUCUAGUACAUAAAGCUACGAACGUAAAACAAGCAGGCAUAAAGUUUGAAUCUUAUACAUACUAGCAGGCAAUGGGUAGCCUUUACAACUUGUCUACCCCGGAAUGUGGAUAUUUAGUUGCAUGCAUGGGUUGAGACUACCCCAUUAGUUUUAUAUUAAAUAUAAAUUUUUGACAAUA